AUGAGCGUAACAUCCGUUUUUGCCGAUGCUAAUCGUCGUGACCAAAUUUUCGCUUCGCUCAAGGUUGGAGGACGCGAUCCGCGCGGUUUCAAAAUGAGCGGAAACGAUAAUUCCAACUUUUACCAAUGCCAGUUCCGACGCCCUCCGGGAGCUUUGUCGGGCGCAUCCCGUGUCCUCUGCCUACGCUGCCUUUGGGCCAAAGCUAGUGGCGUCAAGGACCACGAUUGUGUCUGGUCCCCCGCCUCCUCCAAAUGCGAGUACUGCACUGCGCAGCACUCCACCUGCGUUCUGCUGCCCUGGUUCCUUGGCGAGGAGUACCGUGUUCUUUUUGCUGCUGAAGUGGCAGAUCCUUGGGACCCUGCCGCCAUCGAAGCCGCUGCCGCAGAGGCAAACUGGUGCGACUCCUACGAGGAGCUCCGCGCAACACGCGCCACCAUUGUGGUGGGUCUGGCCCAAAUCCGGUCGUCGCUGCGCCGUCUUCGGACCGAGCAGGGGAGUGUGCCAGCUCUUUUGGGGGAAGUGAUGGCUGCCGUGGGCAGGCUUACUGUCGUCGCUGUCGCCGCGACAGUUCCGGACCGCGCUGGGGGGAGGAAGAAGGGGGGUGAUGGGGAUGGUGAGGGUGAGGGGGAUGGGUUUGGGGCCCAGUAUUGGGCAGAGGAGGAUGGGGCAUAG